AAAUUUGAAAUAAAUGUCCUCAUAAUCAUUUGCUAUUUAGCUAGCUGACAAAGAGGCAUCUCUGGACAAAUGUAAGAAUAUUUCCUGGACUCUGAGUCAGCCAAUUAAAACUGAAAAUAAGAAAAGGAAAAAAGCAUUUAAAAACUAACAUUAAUGCGUGAACUGUGUGAGGAUGGAUAUUCCAAUUUAUUUGAGCAAGGCAUUGGGCUUAAAUAUGCCGUCUCACACUCUUUUGUUGUUUUAGUCUCUCACACACACACACACAACACACUCUUUCUCUCUCUCUCUCUCUCUCUCUCCACCGCGCCGGCGUUGCCCCAAUGAUGGCUGCGACGCUAGUGCAGAGCAGCCUCUUUCCGCCGCCGCUUCAGAUCAAUCCGCGGAGAAUCGGCAUGCAGAAUAAGAGACGAUCGCCACCGUUCGUUCAGUCAGUACUAGCAGACAACAACAAGAGUUUAGAAAUUAUAUCUGAACCGCCCAAAACUGUUUACAACGAUAACUGGUUCGAUCGUCUUGCCAUUAACCAUCUCUCCAACGCCUUACAAGCUUCCACAGGGUUUAAAAGCGAAAAGAGCGGGUACGAAGGGCUGAUCGAAGCAGCAACGAUGGCGUCGCAGAAGUUCAGCCCAAUCAAACAAAGAGAAGUUGUUAUGCAAACUCUUGAUGCAUAUCCUAAGCCUAUUCUUUCAUUGAUGAAGAAACUGCUGCCGCCAUCUAAAUUUUCAAGAGAAUUCUUCGCCGCCUUCACCACUAUUUUCUUUGCUUGGCUUGUUGGUCCCUGCCAGGUGAAAGAGUCGGAGUUUGAAGGAAGAAUAGAGAAAAAUGUUGUGCACAUACCAAAAUGCAGGUUUUUGGAGGGGACAAAUUGUGUAGGAAUGUGCACAAAUCUUUGCAAGAUGCCGUCUCAAGCUUUCAUUAAAGAAUUCGUCGGAGUGCCGGUUAACAUGGUCCCUAAUUUUGAUGAUAUGAGCUGCGAAAUGAUAUUCGGAGAGGAGCCUCCACCGCAAUCCUUAGAUCCAGCCUUCGCUCAGCCGUGUUACAAGCAAUGUAAGGCCACAAUCAAAAGAAACCACAAGAACUGCACAGACUAAUAUAUGAUAUUCUAUUUUCAUUGGCCACAAGUACAACUGGACAUUUGAUUAUUGCAGGAUAUAUAUAUAAAUAUAUAUUUCUUUAAUUUGAUAAUUAGUACUUGAUGGAAGCAUAGACAAAAAUUGGGAGGUUGACAAGCAAUUAAAAUGAUGAUGAGGUUAUUAUUGAAAGUUAGUGGUGUUGCCCCUUUGCCUACAAAAGUGGUUUGACUCAAUUUUGAAUGUAGGGUUUCGUUUGGACAACAAAUUAAAGGGGAACCUUUCACAGUGUUUCCCACUUCAUAUCCUACCUCAUUAUAUAUAUAUAUUGUUGUA